AAAGUGAGUCGCAGCAGCGCAAUGCGUCACCGACAGUGAUUCACAAAACCGAACAGCCAUUGGAGUCACAGACGCACACGAUAUAAAGCGUCUUGCUCCGCCGCACACCCUUGACUUUUGUUUCCUCAAAAUCAAAUCACCUUCCAACCAUGGCGGACCCCACCAAGAAACCGAUCUAUGUCGACGAAGAGACUGGACAAGAUACGACUACAGCAGACGGCAGCGAGAGCAAACCUUUCAAGACUGUAUCACACGCAUACCUCCAGUCCGGAGACCAGGCGCAGUACCUGGUCAAAAGGAAGGAAGGAGAUGAGGAGGAAGCAAGUUACAAACCUGCCGCCAAAGCUGCUCUGAAGAAAGCAGCCAACUACGCCGACGCUCAGAAGAAGAAGGCCGGCAAGGAGCGAGAAUUGGCGGUUCGCGAGCAGAAAGAGAAGGAGGACAGGGCAAAAACGCUGGAGGAGGCCAAGAAGAUUGUGGUCAAGGAAGAUGAGAGCCUACCCAAGGCUGUCAAAAUCCACCUGAACGAGACCAGCCCUGAAGUUGUGAAGCUCGGAUCGGGCAGCACGCCGGGAACAAGAGUGCGGGUGCUUGGUAGGGUGCAUCGCUUGCGGCCCCAGAAGGAGACGACGUUCAUCACUCUUCGUGACGGCUACGGCUACAUGCAAUGCGUCAUCUCUGGUCAGCUGGCCAAGACCUACGAUGCCCAGACCCUCGCGCGUGAGACGAGCAUGAUGAUCGUGGGUUCCAUGUUUGAAGUGCCGAAAGGAGCCCACGCCCCGGACAACCGCGAAAUGCACGCCGACUACUUCGAGAUCAUAGGCAAAGCUCCGGGCGGAGAGGAUGCGGUGACCAACAAGGUCCAGGCCAAAGGUGAUGCUCAGACCCUUCUCGACAUGCGCCAUCUAGUCCUCCGCGGUGAGACUGCCUCGGCCGUCAUGUUUGUGCGAGAUGCUGUGGAGCAUGCCUUCAACGUCAAAUACCACGAGCUCGGCUACGUCAAGGUCUCCCCUCCUGCUCUUGUUCAGACUCAGGUCGAAGGCGGCAGCACCCUGUUCGGUUUCGACUACUACAACGAAAAGGCCUACCUGACCCAGUCUUCCCAACUCUACCUCGAAACGGCCAUUCCCUUCGCCGGCAACGUGUAUUGCAUUGAGAAGUCCUUCCGCGCCGAGAAGUCCCUCACCCGUCGCCACUUGUCCGAGUACACGCACGUCGAGGCGGAGCUCGAUUUCAUUACAUUCGACGACCUCCUCACCCACCUUGAAGACCUCAUGUGCGGCGUGUUGAGCAUCGUCUUCGCCAACCCCCGCAUCGCCGCCAUGCUGCAGGAAUUGAACCCCGAGUUCCAAAUGCCCGAGCGCCCAUUCAAACGCAUGAAGUACACGGACGCUAUCGACUGGCUGCGCGAGCACGACAUCCCCAACGAAGACGGCCAGCCGCAUACUUUUGGCGACGACAUUGCCGAAGCCGCCGAGCGACGCAUGACGGACAUCAUCAACCGUCCCAUCUUCCUCACCCACUUCCCCGUCGAGAUCAAGUCAUUCUACAUGUCCAAAGAUAAGGAAGAUCCCCGCGUGACGGAGUCUGUGGAUUGUCUCAUGCCCGGCGUGGGAGAGAUUAUUGGCGGGAGCAUGAGGAUCUGGGACUAUGAUGAGCUCAUGGCUGCGUACAGAAGGGAGGGCAUCGGUGAAGAGCCCUACUACUGGUACACUGAUCAGAGGAAGUAUGGAGCGAGUCCUCAUGGAGGGUAUGGUCUGGGGCUGGAGAGGUUCCUGGCGUGGUUGUGUAAGCAGCACACGGUUCGCGAUGCGUGCUUGUACCCGCGGUACAUGGGCAGGUGUCGGCCGUGAGUUUCCGAAGAGUAAGCAGCUCGAAGACGUGGAAGAGUAACGAUUAUGCUGAAGCAACG